GAAAUAAGAAGAUACCCAAAAAAACAAUGGAUUUCUUGAAGAACAACGCGGCGGAAGAGGCGCGGUGCCAGACGGCGAUGACCGUGAAGAUGGCGUCGAUAGCCGUCUACGCCCUGGGCUUCUUCCUCGCCAUGGUCCUCUGCAACUUCGUCCACUUCCUCCUCCGCCCUCUCUCUCAACCCCGCAUCGUUUCCGAAGCCAUGGUAGGGUUGUUUCUGAGUAAUCUCCCGCCUGUACGCAGGUCUUUAGACGACGACGAGAUCCACGAAACCUUAAACUAUAUUGUCGACGCGAUUAUGAUCUGUCACAUGUUCGUCGUGGGCCUAGAGAUCGACCCGAACAUUUUCCUCCACCUCCACCUCCCGGAGACGAAGGUGGCGUAUUCCGGCGUCCUCUUCGCCUUCGUCCUCUCCAACUUCCUCGUCCCCCUCCUCAAGAUCUCGACUGCCUCCGACAUCAUCUUCAACGUCUGCCUCUCCCUCAUCCUCUCCGCCACCGCGUCCCCGCUCCUCACCCGCCUCAUCACCGACCUCAAGAUCGGGAAAUCCGACAUCGGCCGCUUCGUCGUGGCGGCCGGGGUCCACUCCGACGUCGUCUCCACGUUGCUCAUAUCCGUCGGGUACAUCGUGUUCGACCCGCUCAACAACUUCGAGACCCGUGACGCGAGGAGCGUCGCGAAGAUGAUGACCACCCUCAUGUUCCAGACGGUCCUCGCGUCGCGGGUGGUUCCCCUCGUCAUGAAUUGGGUGAACCACGAGAACCCGGAGGGGAAAUCCAUGAAGGGGUCCCACCUGGUGGUCGCCAUCGCCUUCGUUGUCAUUGUCUGCAGCAUUUCGCCGACGUUCGGGGGGUUCAAUAAGGUCCUCGCCGCAUUCCUCGCCGGACUUUUCAUGCCCCGGGAGGGAAGGAUAUCGAAGAUGAUGAUAACAAAGGUUAACUAUGUUUUCACGACCAUUUUCUACCCGCUGUUUUUCUUGUGGGUGGGGACAUCGGCUCAGCUCCAUCAGUUUGGGGCUUCUCAUUGGCAAACCUGGGUGAACAUAAUUGUGUUGUUCUUGAUUUCAACCGUCGGAAAAGUUCUUGGGUGUUUGGUCUCCGGCGUGAUAUUGGGUUUUAAUUGGCCGGAAUCUGUCGCAAUCGGUUUGCUUCUCAACAUCAAGGGCCAUUUCCAAGUCUUCUUAGCCAUUGUUGCCUCAGUUAUGAAAUUCACGAGCGUCUCAUUUGGGUUGUCGACGGUGUUCGUCAGCUUUCUAACGAUAGUCUACACCCCAUUGGUGGUGGCGAAGAUCAUAAAGUGGGCCCGGAAGCGGUCCCCGACGCAAAGAAUGGCCCUCCAGUGGCUGAACGCGGCGGACGAGCUCCGGAUCCUCCUCUGCCUGCGUGGCAAGCAGAACGUGUCGUGCGCGAUCAACCUGAUGGAGAUCUCGCGCGGUGCGCCCGACCCGGGGAUCAUGAUCUACCUGACCGACAUGAUCGAGCUGACCGACCGGGUGGCCGCCACCGUGACCAGCGGGAACACCGACGUGGUCACGGUCACGGACCCGGAGGUGGUCCAGAUGAGGGAGGAGAUCAAGUGUUCCGUGGAGGAGUACAUUUCCGAGCUGGGGAACAGCGAGGGCAUAAAGGUCAAACAAAUGAUGGCGCUGUCCACACUGAACAGCAUGCACCAGGAUGUUUGUAUCCUCGCCGAGGACCUUAUGGUCCAUUUGAUCGUGAUGCCGUUUCACAAGAACCCCACGCCGGACGGGAAGCUCGACGUGGGCCACGCCGGGUUCCGCCACGUCAACCGGAAGGUUCUGAGGCACGCUCCGUGUUCCGUGGGAAUCCUUGUGGACCGAGGGCUGGGCGCGACGUUGUUGGUUGCUGGAUCGAAGCUGCACGCCGCCGUCAUCUUCAUCGGCGGUAAAGAUGAUAGGGAGGCUCUAUCAUAUGCAGGGCGGGUGGCGAAACAUCCGGAUGUGAAGCUGACGGUGAUAAGGUUUUUGCUGGAGGCGACGGGCCGGGACGGCGACAGCGUGGCGUCGAGGAUAAACAAAGCGAAGGCCAACACGGCGGAGCACCAGGAGGAGAUGAAGCAGGACGACGAGUGCUUCGCGCAGUUCUACGACCGGCACGUGGCGGGAGGGCGGGUGGCGUACCGGGAGAAGUACCUGGUGAACUCCGGGCAGACGUUCUCGACGCUACGGUCACUGGAGGGGCAGUACCAGCUGUUCAUCGUGGGGAGGGGCGGCGGGAGGGUCAACUCGGUGUUGACGGUGGGGAUGAACGACUGGCAAGAGUGCCCGGAGCUGGGCCUCGUCGGAGAUAUUCUCUCCGCCUCCGCCUCCGCCUCUGUUUUGAUAAUCCAGCAACAUAGCUUUAAGGGAGAACUUGAUGGUGUUCAAGAUGAAUUCUCCAUCAUGUGAACCUACCUAUUUUUUUUUUUUCAAUUUUUCCGACUGUGAAGUCCAUUAAAUAUACUCCCUCCGUCUCUAAAUAAAGUUUCUCUUUUGUUUUUUCUUUGUCCCUAAAUAAACUUCUCUUUUCCCUUAAAAAACCACUUUUACCCCUUACUUUUUCAUACCCUACCUAUCACAUCAUACCUUUUUACUAAUAAUCUACCUAUCACAUCUUACUUUAACACAUCACAUCAAGGGUACCUACAUGUAAACAAAAUUAAGCAAUUUACACAAAACCCUAACCAUAAAUUCAUUAGAGUUUAGAAGAGAAGAACCCCAACAUAAUAAUUAAGCUUGAUAAAAAGAGGCAAAGUACUUAGAUAAAUUAAAGGCUGCGUUUGGCAUAAGUUUAAAAAAUCAAUCUGAUCUACACCUUGAAAGUAUUAUUCAAAUCGUUGUUCCCAAACAUAACGGAAUAGCUAGAGUACACCAUUAGAUAUAUGGAUUGAGAGGAAUGAAGCCUGGUCCGAUGCCGAGUUCACUCAACGAUACAGUCCAUCAUCAUCCCGAACGAGUGAGGAAGACGACGAUGUCGUACGAGGAACGCCGCAUCGAGCCAGCCAACAUUCCCCUCAACCUCUUAUAUAUCUCCGCCGUCUUCUUCAACUGCUCCGGCCGCCACCAGACCAUUAUAUUUAUACAUACUGUACUGUGUAUACACACACGACAAAACCCUAAAAUAUACAAACCUAAGAAAAUGAUGAUUUUGUG